UAUUUUAUGAUGAACACACUCUCGUGAGUUCUACAUCUCGUCUUGAACGGAAUAUAAAACUGGAUGACGCAGAUUGUCCACAAGAUAAAAAUUGGACCGCAAUGUUUGUUAUCGUGCGAAGGUGAUCUAAAUAGUGACGUUAACUGUCAAAAUAUUACAAUUUGUUACAAAGACGGUUGUACAUGUGCUCCAGGUUUUUGGGAAAAGAAGUGUUCUUCACCUUGUACAUCAAACACCUAUGGUCAUGGCUGCAAAAACAUAUGCGGUUUGUGCAAAGGAUCGUGUAAUAAAAUAACUGGAAUAUGCAAUGAGGGAUGCAACAAUUACAGAAAAACUCACAUACCUCCCAUGUGUCAAAUAAGUAUAGAUAAACCAAGCACACCUGUGAUUACCUCUACAAGCGAAACAACUAUUAAUGCCAUUGGACAAAUGCAAUAUGAUGUUCCACAUUCAUGGAAUAGGAUAUUUCGAAAUAUGACACAAUUAAUAGGAUUUUUUAAAAAUUUAGAACCUGGUGCUAUUUAUCAAAUUAGUUGUAAUUUACUUGUUGAAAAUGAAUUGAUAUAUGGUGACUGGAAAAUUGUUGAGACUCAAUGCAAUCCCGCUGAAAAUUUUAUCGUAACACCUGGAGGAACCGAGUUGGUAAUUAAUUGGGAUAUCAAUUCAAAUCAAUUACAUCCAUGUCCAAAGAGUUCGUAUCAUCUGAUAGUUCGAAAUAUAAAUACGAACGGAGAAGUUUCUGAAUCAAAUAUGUAUUUUCCAUACACAUUACAACAUUUACCAUCAGAUACUAAUUUUAAUGUGACUAUGUAUCACAAAAGUUAUAAGAUAUUUACUCAAGAAAUUCGCACGCUUGACAACGAGUGUUGA